AUGGUUAUUAAUUACUUUGGUUAUCGGGAUGAUCCUCGUCUCCAGAGCCCAAGUUAUCCAAGUCACUGUCUACAUUUUUUGAGGCUUCUUGGGAAAUCUCAGUCGCCUGAGCCUACCAAAAAGUCCGCUUGGAGCAAAUUGAAUGUCCAUGUUGUUGGGGCUGGUACAGCUGGGCUUACAACUGCUAUUGCACUAGCACGCCAAAGUCAUACUGUGACUAUCCAUGAGCAGGCACAGCAAUUAUCAGAGGAUGAUGCCGGCAUCCAGAUCCCACCUAAUGCCGCUCGCCUAUUACUCAAGCUGGGACUAGGUCCCUAUCUCGAAAAAUAUGUGGCUGAGCAAGAGAAUGUAUUCCUCCGCCGGUGGCAAACUGGUAAAGUCAUCGGGCGCACAAAGAUAGGAUACGAUUUUCGACAAAAGUUCGAUGCGCCUUACUGGGUCAUUCAUCGCGCUCACUUCCAUAAAGCCAUGCAGGACAUGGCGAGGGCUUUGGGCGUGAAAAUUGAAAUGGCCUCGAAGGUUGUAUCGUACGACACUGCAGCUCCUACUCUUACACUAGAGGAUGGGACUGUUAUUCAGGCUGAUCUUAUUGUCGCCGCUGAUGGAGUCAACUCUCUGGCUAGAACAAAUAUCCCACGAGCUUUGGAGUCCACGCCUCAUAUCACGGGCUUUGCUACCUAUCGUGCAGAGAUCGAUAUUGAUCGGAUGAAGGAGGAUCCCGAACUAGCAGAGCUUGUAGACAGAUCAUCCAUGAACCUUUGGCUGGGAGAUAAUCGUCAUGUACAAACUUAUAAGAUCGGCCCAGGGAAAACAUUCCAUAUGGUUAUGAGUUAUCCAGAUGACUCGGCUGGUAUGGAGGACAGCAACGCCGACCCAGUGACUGCUCUUCUUCAUAUGCGACAAGAGUUCACUGGCUGGGACCCACUGUUGACCAAGAUCAUCAAUAUGGUCCAACAUACCAAGAAGUGUCCCAUGUACAGUGGCUCACGUCUGAAGCGUUGGGUGUCAGGCAAAUUUCUAGUCCUUGGAGACGCAGCGCACACAAUUCUGCCUUAUAUGGGGCAAGGUCCGGCAAUGGCUGUUGAAGAUGCCUUGGCUCUUGCUCACAGCCUGGGCAGACUCACCUCCAAAACACAAAUCCCCUUAGCCCUCUCAGUCUUCGAGAAAGUGCGCGUUGAACGUGCAAACCAGAUGCAGGAAGCUAGUCUUCUCAAUGGGAAGAUCUGGCAUUUCCCCGAUGGACCACUGCAGAAGGCUCGGGAUUUGGCCAUGAUGCCCGAGGUCAAGGGGCAACCCUUUUCUCACAGCCCGAAUCAGUGGAGUGAUCCGACCACGCAAAUGUGGUGCUACGGAUAUAAUACGGAGAAAGAGAUUGACCUUGAAUGGUCGAGGUACCGAGUCUAG